AUGGCCCCACUGCCACCACCUGCACGCUCCCGCCCACCGCGCGUCUCGCCCUCGCUCCUGCGCGUCUUUGCCCGCACCGGCUCCCACCACCCGGACUCGGACUACACCGUCGACCGCCUCCCGACCACCGGCGACGAGCUCGCCCUCUUCUGCUGGCCCGACUCGACCUUGCGAGAGCUCGCCCUCCUCGCACUCGACGCCCUUCCGCCCGUCCCGCAACACCUGCACCACGCGACCCGCAUCUCGCUCCGCCUCGUUUACUACGACCCCGACUCGACCCGCUUCCGCUCGACCGACCUCGCCAACUUCACCCUGCGCGAGAUCGCGACCCCUCCCUCGUCCUCGUCCACGUCGAGCGCCGCCACCACCCCAGCGAGGCUCGACCGCACCCUCGCCGAGGCAAAGUACGUCGUCGGCGACCUCGUCGACCUCGCCCUCCUCGUCCCCGCCGCCGAGCCCACCGCGCUCGCGCCCACCGCCGCCCUCGGCCCCGCCGGCGCGCCCGCGUUCGGCAUCCGCGGCGCCGCUGCCGCACACGGGCCUCGAGGAGGAGCAGGACCAGGUGCACACGGUCCUGCGCCAGGCGGCCGCGGCAACUUUGCGCCGCUCGUCGGGGCCGGCGGCCCGCCGCACGGUCGUGGUGGUCCGGGCGGGUUUGGGCCGCGAGCUGGCGCGGGACCAGGACCAGGCGGGGCGGGCUACGGGCCUCGAGGGGGCGCGGGAGGGCCAGGUGGCGGCGCGCCAGUGCACCCUGCGCGCGCGGGCAUGCUUGCCGGCGGCGCGGGCGGGCCGAGGAGGGGAGGCGCGCCGGGUGCGGCGGACCACGGGUGGGGCGCGGAGGGUGGGCGCAGGAGGAGCGAUGGGCCGGACGGGUUUGGCGGCGGACCGAGAGGCGCGGCUGGACCGUACGGCGGUGGCGGCGGGAGGGGCCCGGGAGGGUACGAUUCGCGCGACGGGCCUCGCGACAGGCCGCCGCACGUCGCCUCGUCGUCCACCGCGAACGGACCCCCACCGCCUCGGCGCCGUUCGUCGCGCUCUCGCUCGCCCGGCGCGCGCCGUGCGUCGCCGCCACCGCCGAGGAGGCGCCCAGUCGACGAUGACGUGCGCAUGAGGGACUGA